AGCACGGCAGGCUGGGCUCCCUCCAUCUCCCAUUACCAGUCUGACAAUAUAGCGUUACCAUCCAACAAGACAAACGCGACCACCAUGUGGAGAAGUCUGCGGAGCGUGGUGGCAACAGGUGUGGGAAGCACCAGAUGUAGAGUAGCAGGUGUGGGAGGUACCAGGUGUGCAGUAGUAUUUGAUGGAAGCAGCCUAAGUGUUGGAGGCAGCAGGUGUGGAGAAGAUGUAGCCAGGUCCUUUCACCUCUCCGUCACUUGUCAAGCCAGCUCAAGAAGCAAUCUUAACAAACCGCUGACCGUAGAUGACAUGACACGUCUAGGAGGCAUCGCCUCCUUCAUGCGGCUACCCGUCCAGAGCGACACGCAAGCUUACCUGAGGCGUGCAACAACAUCAGGGAUCGCUAUAUGGAACUCCUCAGCACUGGCUGUAUUCCUUUGACGAUGGGCGGCGACCACACCAUCACUUACCCCAUCCUACAGGCCAUCAAGGCUCGGAGAGGCAGGGUGGGACUGGUGCUUGUGGAUGCUCAUCCUGAUGUAUCAGACAUCACCCUAGGAGCCAAGAUCAACCAUGGAUCACCCUUCAGAAGAGCGCUCGAAGAAGACCUCAUAGACCCCCACGCCACCUUCCAGAUUGGUCUGAGGGGUUCUUGUCAUGCACAGGAUGGUAACGCCUGGCAGAUAAACCAGGGUUUUCGCGUAGUAUCAGCUGAGGAGUGCUGGCACAAGUCUCUGGUGCCACUCAUGGAGGAGGUGAGAGCCAAGAUGGGUGACAAACCAGUCUACCUCUCCUUUGAUAUUGAUGGUAUUGAUCCUGGCUUCUGUCCUGGCACUGGUGCUCCAGAAAUUGGAGGGCUGACUUCCAUACAGGCGCUGGAGAUUAUACGAGGAUGUCGGGGACUUAACUUAGUAGGAUGCGACCUGGUGGAGAUAUCUCCUCCAUAUGACUUCGAAGGAACGACUGCUCUUACUGGCGCUAACCUGCUCUUCGAAAUGCUGUGUGCUCUCCCAGGAGUAACUGCCAACAAAUAGCAUAUCUCGUAGCUUUAUAAUAAACAGAAAUUGUGGUUUAUUAAGGUCAGCGAUAAUACAAAUUAAGUACAUAUUUUUGUAACAACAAACCAGUGAACGGUUAUAUUCAUGAAAACGAAGUCAGAACUAAAACCAAAACCAGUAUGUUACUGGGGAAAGUGAACACAAUUUUGUAAUAACAAGUUCAGGAAGAGAAUUAAAAGGUUCCUAAUGAAUGAAAUUGUAGAAAAGGAGAAAGUGAUUUCUUGUGUAGUUAACAUUAUAUUUAAUGUUCAUGUAAAUUACUCAGUUUACUUUAUUAUUAUUAUUGUAUCUCCUUUUAUUUUAAGUGAUUUUCACACAGUUGAGUUGCUUAGUUUAUUUAAUUUUUAAGGGUAUAAGCAUGACUGAUUUCUACUGUAUCUAAUAGUUAGGCUGAAAGUAAUAAGAUAUUUCAAUGACCCUAGUGGAAAUAAGUCAUUUUACCUGAUUUUAGGGUUACCUUAAUUAAUUUACACGUAUUUUACUAUUUAAGACCAUUGUUAUCACCCAAAACUUGUGUAAUUGUACUUACCUAGCUACUUACAUAGUAUCCCAUGCUGCUAAAGUCAUUGUUACAUUUUCUAUUCAAAUAAAGUGUACUUGACAGAUGUUUUAAUGAUGAACAUAAUGCAGACAACUGUAUGUCAAGAACACUAAAGUGGUUAAGUUAGUUUAAUAUUUUUAUUAUACACCCCUUACUUAUACUGUGGGCGGUAGUUAAAACAUUAGAGAGGCUUCCUGGACCCAUUAUAAGCCUUACAUGUGCUUAUAUUUUUCUUUAUUGCAUUGGCAUUCAUUAAUCUGAGUGAUCACAGGGAUUGUACACCGACACAUCUGUCUUUGUAACUGCAUGAAAAAUUUACUUUAAUUACUAAUUUAGGGGUUAAACAUUAGGGGUGAUCCUCGUGUGGUACAGUUAUUUUGUGAGAGCGCUAAGCAUAUAGGGGUCAUAUAGUACCUCUGGGAAUAUAAACAAUCAGAUUCUAUCCAAGGAUAGGAACGCUAGCUCCAUUUCUUUAGAUCAAGAGCCCUUCACCGGCGUCAAGGCCCCUCCCUCUAAGGACCGUCGCGUGUACUAGAUAGGCUGUAGGUUUUCUGAAUCAUUCAGGGGGAAGAGGGGGGACUUUGAUGCAGGUAAAGGGCUCUUAAUCUGGUUUCAAAAAAAAAAAUGUUCCUACUUAAAAGACCGAAGUUAAAAUGCAAAAAAAAAUUUUUGCUCAAAAACCUGGCCACCUUUUGCCUUAAUGAUGUAAUGAGAUAAUUUGAUCAAGGUGAAGCAUGAUGGCACAAUGGCAAGGUAACGCUAAGAUUUGCAGGAAGGUGUUUACGGCAAUUUUUAUAGGAAGACGUGCGGACAGAUGUUUACCACAAGCACCACUGAAAAACAUGAAAACAUUUAAGAGUGCUAAGCAAUAACAGCCUAUUAAUGGUGCCUCUGGUACCCUCACACUCGUGCCUCGACUACUGAUCAUGCCCUCUGACCCAAAAUUGUCUACACUGUUGCUUUGUGAAUCACGGGAACCCACGUGGAGACAGACGCAGUGUAAAAAGAGACUUGUUUGUUUUGAUCUCCGUCUGAGAUCUUUAUCAGAUCUCAGUUAGUUUAAUAUAUUUAUUAUGCACCCCAUACCCAUCCUGUGGGUGGCAGUCAAAAGAUUACAUAGGUACAUAAUGGGUCCAGGGACUGGACACCAAAGUUAUGAUAGCUGAACUAGUUACAAAGGUAAUGAACUCCAGGUAGAUCUGGUCACAAUCAUGGCAAGUUACAGAGGUAAUGAAUCAUCCUCACUCCUAUACAUGGUUACAAUCAUGAACAAGUUACAAAGUAAUGAGCCACUGACACGUCCACACCUGGUCACAAUUGUAAUGAGUUAUAAAUGCAAAUAUUAAGUGGGUCAUACACCCACACGAACGCGCGUGCGCACACAUACACACAGGAGGGCGCACGCACAGACACAAGCACACGAGCGUACAAAUAUGUGCAUACACACAAGUACGCACGCCCACACACACAAGUACGCACACACACACACACACACACGCCCACACACACACACGCCUACACACACACACACACACACACACACACACACACACACACACACACACACACACACACACACACACACACACACACACAUGUGGUAAUUAUUUACAGGUAGCAAAGUCAGGGUAUUUCUCCAAAAUGGUCUGUAAUAUACCACUGUGGAUAAAAUACUUUGCCAUUUCUUGAACAUUUCUGAUCUCAGAGAUAGAAAUAUUCAGUUCAAUUCAAUUCAAUUCAAGUUUAUUCUCUAUAAUGGUUACAAUGUGGGGUUUACAGGUUUUGGGUAUUUUGUGGUUUACAUGUUAUAAAUACUAAUUACAGAGGGGGCCACUAGGACACCUAGCAUGGAUAGGCAUUUCCAGCAGACUUAGAUUAAUUCUUAACAUUAAAUCCUUACAGAUUACAGUAUUAAGGCUAAGUGACUACAUCAUAAUUUGUGAGUUUAGCAAUGUGAAUGCUUUUGUUUUGGCACAAUACAAAGUGUCUAUAUUGGAGUAUCAUAGGCAAACUUAUGACUAGUUAGGAUUUAUUAUUUUAAGAUUAAGAUUAGUAUUUCUGGGUUUAUAGUCAGUGCAUGAGUGAGUGUAAUUGUGAACCACCAGGUGGUUAUCAUGUAGUUAGUUGUCGGGGUGGAUCAGGGAGAUAAGAUGUUUUCUAACUGUAGUUUUGAAAGUGAUAAAUGUGUCUGCAGUUCUAGAGUUUUCAGGUAGGGUGUUCCAGAUUUUAGGUCCUUUGAAAUACAUUGAAUUUUUGUAAAGGUUUAGUCGAACACGGGGAAUGUUUGUGUCUGGUGUUAUGCCUGUGGAUCCUGUCACAACUAUCAAGAAA